UUUGUUUAAUGUUUUUAGUUGAAUUGAAAAGCGAAUCGGAGACGUUCUGUGCUGCGCGUUGAUAAAAUGGACAACCGACUUAAUAUCUUACACUAAGAAACACAAAAAUUAUUUUUUAAAUUUCUUCGAUUUAUUGGAAUUCUGUUUUCGAAUUUCAACAAAACAAGGCAAGAGCGCGUCGCUUGGUUUUUCCGCCGGGUUUUCCGCUGAAUUUUCGUGUGUGUGAGCAAUAAUAACAAAAUCGCAUUGUUUGGCAACAACAAAAGCGGCAGCAAAUCCUAAGCUUAAGUUAUUCUCCUUCGUUUUUCGGAUAAGCAUAUAAAAUAAAGAAACAACUUUAAAUCAAAUAUCGUGUGCUUAAAAUAAUAAUAUUUGAUGUGGUGUUAAAAAACAAAAACAAUUCAACGCAAUGGAGCGUUGCAGCGGCAACAGCAACAACAACGAACGCAGGUAGAGAAGGAGACGCGAAGGAGAGCCGCCGUGUCAACUACCGUUAUCGAAGCCGCAGUUCAAGGAGGAGCUGGAGUAAAUAGCAAAACUUCUCUCUCUUUGUUGCUCAAGACAAAACGUCAACUGCAGUUUUGGCAAGAAACGGAAGCGACGAUAAUAACCAAACUUUAGCUACAACAACUAAAGGAAAACAUAGAAUAGCUACUAGACGUAGCAGAAGGAGCCACUAAAGCAACAACAACAACACAGCAAAAGUGACAAAAUGAGGCGAAAAACGGACAGCAGGAGCAGAAGUGCGAGGAGAGCAACAACAGCGCUAAGCAUUUGGCACUUUUUUCUUAUCGCUCUCACAGCUUUAAGUUCCUUGAUCCUGGCCGACGAAUCCAUCGAUACUCGUGAGAAUGCAGACUUAACCCUCAAGUGUCGUUUCAACGACAAGUAUGAGGCAAAUGAUUUCUCCUUUUUCUGGACCCGCUGGACAGCGAAUCCGGCCCAGUUUGACAAUGUGGCCAUUGGUGAAGUGCAGUUGAGUUCCGGCUAUAGACUCGACUUCCAACCGCAGCGUGGCAUUUACGAUCUGCAAAUCAAAAAUGUAUCCUAUAAUCGGGAUAAUGGCCGCUUUGAGUGCCGCAUCAAGGCCAAGGGCACAGGGGCCGAUGUCCAUCAGGAGUUUCAUAAUCUCACGGUGCUAACACCACCCCAUCCACCCGUGAUCUCGCCUGGCAAUAUAGCCGUGGCCACCGAGGAUAAGCCCAUGGAGCUUACAUGCAGCAGCAUUGGCGGUUCUCCCGAUCCCACCAUAACUUGGUAUCGCGAGGGCUCUAAUUCCCCCCUGCCAGCCACUGUUUUAAGGGGCGGCACCAAGGAUCAACCCACCAAUGCCACAUUAUCCAUUACCCCAAGAAGGGAAGACGAUGGUGCUAAAUACAGGUGUGUGGUUAGAAAUCGAGCCAUGAAUGAGGGCAAACGUUUGGAGGCCAUAGCCACUUUGAAUGUUAACUAUUAUCCCCGCGUUGAGGUCGGACCCGAGAAUCCUUUGCGGGUGGAACGUGACCGGACUGCCAAGCUGGAGUGUAACGUGGAUGCCAAACCCAAGGUGCCCAAUGUUCGAUGGAAUCGCAAUGGUCGCUUCAUCAGCUCCUCCCUGGUCCAUACCAUCCAUCGGGUGAGUGCUGGGGAUGCUGGCAAAUACACCUGCAUAGCGGACAAUGGUCUUGGCAAGACGGGAGAGCAGGAGCUCAUCCUGGACAUUCUGUAUCCGCCCACGGUGGUGAUUGAGUCCAAGACCAGGGAAGCCGAGGAAGGCGACACUGUGACCAUUCGCUGCAAUGUUACGGCCAAUCCCUCGCCGGUGACCAUUGAAUGGCUCAAGGAGAAUGCCCCCGAUUUCCGCCAUAGUGGCGAUGUGCUGACCCUGAACUCUGUGCGAGCUGAGCACGCCGGCAACUACAUCUGCCGGGCGGUCAACAUAAUGCAGAGCCAGGGUAUGGAGCGUAGCGAGCGAGUGGGCAACUCCACGGUGGCCCUACUGGUACGUCAUCGUCCUGGCCAGGCUUACAUUACACCCAACAAGCCGGUGGUUCAUGUGGGCAAUGGUGUGACCCUCACCUGUGCUGCCAAUCCCCCAGGCUGGCCAGUGCCUCAGUACAGAUGGUUCCGCGACAUGGAUGGCGAAUUCUCAAGCACCCAGAAGAUCCUGGCUCAAGGUCCACAGUACUCCAUACCCAAAGCUCAUCUGGGCAACGAGGGAAAGUAUCAUUGUCAUGCUGUGAAUGAGUUAGGAAUCGGCAUGAUGGCCACCAUUGUCCUGGAGAUUCAUCAACCCCCACAAUUCCUGGCCAAGCUGCAGCAACACAUGACAAGAAGGGUGGCGGAUACGGAUUACACGGUGACCUGCAGUGCCAAGGGCAAGCCGGCUCCCAGUGUCAAGUGGCUGAAGGAUGGCAUGGAGAUCCUGCCCGAGGAAAACCUAUACGAAGUGCAAACCAAUCCCGAUCAAGGCCUCAAUGGCAUGGUCACUGUCCAGAGUCAGCUCAAGUUUAGAGGCAAAGCCCGACCCAAUGGCAAUGCCUUGGUUCCUGGAGAUCGUGGACUGUACACGUGUCUGUAUCAGAAUGAAGUCAACUCCGCCAACUCGUCGAUGCAGCUGAGGAUCGAACAUGAACCCAUUGUCCUGCAUCAGUACAACAAGGUGGCCUUUGAUAUCCGCGAGACUGCAGAGGUUGUGUGCAAGGUUCAGGCCUAUCCCAAGCCCGAAUUCCAAUGGCAGUUUGGCAACAAUCCCUCUCCCCUGACCAUGUCCUCGGAUGGACACUAUGAGAUCAGUACCACCACCGACAACAAUGAUAUCUACACUUCCGUCUUGAAGAUCAACUCGCUGACGCAUUCGGAUUAUGGAGAAUACACCUGCCGGGUGGCCAAUACCCUGGAUACCAUUCGGGCACCCAUUCGGCUACAGCAGAAGGGUCCGCCAGAGAAGCCCACCAAUCUGCGGGCCACCGAUGUCGGCCACAACUAUGUUUCCCUCAGCUGGGAUCCCGGUUUCGAUGGUGGCCUCAGCAAGACCAAGUUCUUUGUCAGCUAUCGACGUGUGGCCAUGCCCCGGGAGGAGCAAGUGAUCCCCGAUUGUACCAACAUGGCCAACUCGAAUUCGGAUUGGGUGGAGGUCGAUUGCCAGCGGGACAUUCCCUGCAAGGUCACCUCCUUGGAGCAGCAUCAGAGUUAUGCCUUCAAGGUGAAGGCUUUGAAUCCCAAGAGUAAUUCUCCCUACUCGAGUGAGAUUUUGGUUACCACCAAGGUCAGCAGGAUUCCACCGCCCCUGCAGGUGACCUAUGAGCCCAGCACACGCACCCUGGGCAUCGAUGUGGGUGCCACCUGUCUGUCCCUCAUGGCUGUGGUGGAGAGCAUGGUCAAUGCCGACACUCCGAUGCCUGCCUGGGAAGUGGUGGAUACCUUGGACAAUCUUCAGUUGUCCGGCGCUGGACCCACGCACAAGGAGAAGGUCUUGGAGCGUUUGAAUGGUGCCAGGAGGCUGGGAGGAGGACGUGCAUUGGGACACACCAUCAGCGAUGAGGAGGAUAACCAUGGACUGAAUAGUUUGGCUCUCGAGGAUGAUAGUCCUGUGGUGAGGGUUAAACUGUGCCUAAGGUCGAACCAGGAGCACUGCGGCGAUUACACGGAUGCGGAGAUUGGUCGCCCUUAUAUAGCGGAGGCUAGUGCCCUGGCCACGCCCACACUGAUUGCGAUAAUCGUGUCCUGCAUCGUGUUCGCCCUCUUCGCCGGCCUGAUCCUGAUGUUCUGUCGCUGCAAGCGCAAUCAGUCCAAAAAGAGCGCCGCCGCCAAGGAUUACGAGAUGGACUCUGUCCGGCCCUCGAUAGUGGCUGCCCAGCAGAAUCAGGCACCGCCACCCUACUACCCCGCCUCGGGACUGGACAACAAGGCCCUGGAGCACUCGAUGGAUCUUGCUUUGAGCAUGGAGGAGCAGAAGACGGCGCUGUAUGCCACUCAGAAUGGGUACAGCUAUCAUCCCGGCAGCGGUGUGGUAGGUGGUGGCGGCGUGGGACCUGGCGGUGUGGGCGUCGGAGUCGGCGGAAGUGUGGUCAGCGGCAUGGGCGUUGGCAGCGUUGUUGGUGUGGGCGGCAUUGGUAGCAGCUGCAUGGGAGUGAAUGGAAUACCGGGACUCACGGCGCACACGAUUCCUGGAAAUGAAUGGGUCAACAUGGGCUACAUGGAGAACAACUAUUCCAACUCGAACAACGGCGGCAGUGUCAACUCACAGGACUCGCUGUGGCAGGUGAAGAUGUCCGCAGCAGCGGUGGGCAAUCAGCAGGGAAUGGUCCAGGCCCCCCUCAACCAGUAUGUGGAGCAGCAGCCCAACUAUGGUUACGAUCCGUUGACCCAUGGCGGUUACGGGGCUGUGGAUGACUAUGCCCCCUAUCCGCAUCUGACGGCCACACCCAGCCAGGUGGGCGAUGAGUAUCACAAUUUGAGGAACAGUCAAAAUCCGUCCCGGCAGGACUACUGCAGUGAUCCCUAUGCCUCCGUGCAGAAGCCCAAGAAGCGAGUCGACCAGCAUUUAGAUUCACCAUAUCACGACGUAAGCGGCCUGCCCAAUCCCUACAACAUGGAGCAUCUGGAACAGGACGAGGUCCUGCCGCCGCAGCAGCACUUGUCCCUUAGCUACGAUGAGAGCUUCGAGGGCGAGUAUUCGACAACGCCGAAUGCCAGGAAUCGUCGCGUUAUACGCGAGAUUAUUGUCUAGGAAAUUCUAGUUUGCAAAAAAACAAAAAUCAGAAAAUCAGAAAAUCAGCACUCGAAAAAAUAUUAACUCUAUCGUCUAUCACUCUUUCUCGCCGACAUCUACUUUUUGUUUUUUAUUAUUAUUAUUUUUAACCCUUACUUGACUUUCCUGCUCGACUGUUAGCAGACUUUUUGAAAAGUGGCCAUCAUUUUGAAUACUUUUUUUUAAUAAUAUAAACAUUAUAUUACUUCGAUGUAAGGCUUAGUUUGAGGGAUAUGAAACGAACGUGUGUUGAGUUUUAUUGGCAACGAAAGCGAUAUGCAUAGAUAUUAAAUCGAUACCGAUAGGCAUUAGAGUUUCCAAUCUAUCAGCAGCAGCAGCACACACGGACAUAUACACUGAGAGAAACCCAACUGGACACAGACAAGAAACCAUCACUGGACAAGCACUAAAUGUUACGAUUUACCAGAUAGCAGUUAGGGCUAAAUAGUAGUUAAUAUUAAUAUAUAUAUAUAUAUAAAUAUACGGUCAUCUAGGUCCCAGUUGCAACAAACGAAACGAACUUUAAACUGUAAGGCAUCUAAUGUUGGAAUCAAAACAAAAUCUCACACACACUUGACCCUAGGCUUAAACAAAAACUAACUCUUAAGUGAUGAUUCUUGUCGGUUCUACAAAAAAAAAAAAAAUAAUAAAACAGAACCACAACAGAAAGCUAAGGAAAAUAAUUUAAAAAUAACAGUACGACCUGCCACAAAAAAUAUAUAAAAAAACAAAAAAUAUAUAAAAAAGAAACAAAAAACUUACCAUAACUUAAUUUUAAAAUUUUUAAAUAAAUUCAAGAGCGAUAAAGUGUUGCUUUAAGUAAGUUAAAACUAAAGUACAGAGAACUUUAAACAAACAGCAAACAAAAAAAUUAUUACAAAUAAUUGAAACAAUCUGAAAACUUUAAUUUAAUUUACAAAAUGUUUAGUAAUAUAUUUUAAAUGUUUUCCAUUUAUGUUUUCGAGCUUUUUGUGUUGAAAAAUUCAAAAUUUUAAUUGUGGUAAUAAAAUCGUUUAAUUUGUAAUUAUCCCUAAGAUGAAUUAAGUUAUGUUUUAACCCUCGAAUAUUGAGUUGAAAAUAUAAUAUAUAUAAAUAUGUUUUGUUUGUGCCUUGCGUUGUGUUUUUUAAGUCCGUUUAAACAAGUGUUUUUUGCAACUCUUUGACACACACACACACACAGAACAGACUCGAACAUUUUUUGUAGCUAAGAUUUAAUUGUAAAUACAUGUGUAAUUUGUAUAUAUUUACUUGACUUGCAAAGUAAAUAAGCAGCAGCGGCAAACUUAAAUUAAAUUGUAGUUAAUUUUAAACAAUUUCGAAAUGAAUUUAACUAGUAAGCAAAUGUUUAAGAGCAAAUGCCACAAAACAAAAAUAAAAUAAAGCAAACCGACGAGGAAAACGAUUAAGCAAAAGUCUCGUUUAAAAUGAACAAAAAACAAAAUAAAAAUAAAUUAAGGAGAAUACGAAAUGAGAAUCUUUAUUAUAUAAAUUAUACACUCUAAAACCAGAUAAGCGAAUAUACAUUAUAUAUAUAUAUAUAUACAUAUACACUUACAUAUACAUCUACU